GUGUGCCCAGCGCCCUGCGUGCAGUAGCUCGUCUCCGUGUCAGCGCCCCGUGAGCUCCACCUGACGGGGAGGCUUGCGGGCGGGGCGUGAUGCUCGCCCGGGGCUCCCUCUCCGUCCUCUUGCAGCCCCCCUGGGACUGCCUGGGCAGAUGGAGGUGUUCCAGGCCCUGCAGCGGCUGCACAUGACCGUCUUCUCCCAGAGCAUCUCCCCCUGUGGGAAGUUCCUGGCGGCCGGCAACAACUACGGGCAGAUCGCCAUCUUCAGCUUGUCGGCCGCCUUGAGCUCAGAAGCCAAAGAAGAAAGUAAGAAGCCGGUGCUGACCUUCCAAGCUCAUGAGGGGCCCGUCUACAGCAUGGUCUCCACCGAUCGCCAGCUGCUCAGUGCGGGGGAUGGGGAGGUGAAGGCCUGGCUCUGGGCAGAGAUCCUCAAGAAGGGCUGCAAGGAGCUGUGGCGCCGUCAACCCCCGUACAGGACCAGCCUGGAAGUGCCGGAGAUCAACGCGCUGCUGCUGGUGCCCAAGGAGAAUGCCCUCAUCCUGGCCGGAGGGGACUGUCAGCUGCACACCAUGGACCUGGAGACCGGGAGCUUCACCCGGGCCCUGCGGGGCCACACGGACUACGUCCACUGCCUGGCGCUGCGGGAGCGGAGCCCCGAGGUGCUGUCCGGCGGCGAGGAUGGGGCUGUGCGGCUUUGGGACCUGCGCACGGCCAAGGAGGUGCAGACGGUGGAGGUGUACAAGCAUGAGGAGUGUGCCAGGCCCCACAAUGGGCGCUGGAUCGGAUGCUUGGCCACGGACUCAGACUGGAUGGUGUGCGGAGGGGGCCCAGCCCUCACCCUGUGGCACCUGCGGUCCUCCACGCCCACUACCGUCUUCCCCGUGCGGGCACCACAGAAGCACGUGACUUUCUACCAGGACCUGAUUCUGUCCGCAGGCCAGGGCCGCUGCGUCAACCAGUGGCAGCUGAGCGGGGAGCUCAAGGCCCAAGUGCCUGGCUCUUCCCCAGGGCUGCUCAGCCUCAGCUUGAACCAGCAGCCAGCGGCCCCCGAGUGCAAGGUUCUGACUGCGGCCGGCAACAGCUGCCGGGUGGACGUCUUCACCAACUUGGGCUACCGGGCCUUCUCCCUGUCCUUUUGACGGCCGGACACCUGCACCCCCGCCCAGCAGCCUGCACCUUGUUCUGUUUUUUCACAAUAAAGUUUGUUUUUUAUAUAUUA